AUGUCUUUGAAGAACUGUGAAACUAGAGUUAAAUUGAACACUGGUGCUGAACUUCCAGCUGUUGGUUUAGGUACUUGGCAAUCAUUGGAGAAUGAUGCUUACAAGGCUGUUCUUACUGCUUUGAAAACCGGUUACAGACACAUUGAUGGUGCUGCUAUCUAUUGUAAUGAAGGUGAAGUUGGUAAAGCAAUUAGAGAUUCUGGUGUUCCAAGAAAUGAAAUCUUUGUUACUACUAAAUUAUGGGGUACUCAACAAAGAACUCCUCAAUUGGCUUUAGAACAAUCUUUGGAAAGAUUGGGUCUAGAUUAUGUUGAUUUAUACUUAAUCCAUUGGCCAAUUCCUUUAAACCCAGCCCAAUGUGAAGAAAGUGGUAAUUACUUGACAUUCCCAGGAUUACCAAAUGGUAAACGUGAUGUUGACUUAGAUACUUGGAACUUCGUCAAGACUUGGGAAUUGAUGCAAGAAUUACCAGCAACUGGUAAAUGUAAAGCUGUCGGUGUCUCUAACUUUUCUAUUAACAACAUAAAGGAAUUGUUGAGUUCUCCAGGUAACAAAUUAGUUCCAGCUGUAAACCAAAUCGAAUUGCAUCCAUUGUUACCACAAGUUGAAUUGGUCAACUUCUGUAAAGAAAAGGGUAUUGUUGUAGAAGCUUACUCUCCAUUAGGUGGUACUGGUGCUGCCAUCUUAAAAGAACCGUUAGUUGAAGAAUUGGCCAAGAAAUACAAUAUUCCUGCUGCUAACUUAGUUGUUAGUUGGGAUGUUCAAAGAGGUGUAGUUGUCUUACCAAAAUCUGUUACUGAGUCAAGAAUCAUCUCUAACUUGCAAACCUUAACUUUGGCCCCAGAAGAUGUUGAAAAGAUCACCAACUUAUCUAAGGAAAAAGGUGAAAAGAGAACUUGUGCUCCAGAUUUCUCCCCAUUCAACACAUUCGCCUAA